CGGCGUGCGCCCGAUGCGACCUCUGGGCCGCAUCGUGGGAGGCCGCGCCUCCAAACCGGGCGACUAUCCCUGGCAGGUGGGCAUCAAGUACCGCAGUGGCUUCCGCACCAUUCACCUCUGCGGUGGAGCACUUAUCGCCGACAGAUGGGUGCUCACAGCGGCACACUGCUUCCAACAUCGAAGGAACAUAUCGAGGUACAUCUUCCGCCUCGGAGACUUCAACAAAAGUGUCAUGGAGCCAGGGGAGGUCCACGCCAAAGGGGACAUGAUGAUCACGCACGGCAAGUUUGACAUUCAGACGUUCCGAAACGACAUCGCAUUGGUGCGGUUGGCGCAGCCAGUGGACCUGGAAGGAAAAAACGCCAAUCUGCAGACUGUCUGCCUUCCCGAUGGCAACAGUAUGGACUUCUCAAAGGCUCGCUGCAUGGCCACCGGCUGGGGAGAGACGCAGUUCAAGGGUCGCCACUCGGACGUGCUGAUGGAAGUAAUGCUGCCCGUGUGGUCGCACGACAAGUGCGCGAGAGCCUACAGGAACUACAAUAAAAUAACUUCCUCCAUGUUCUGUGCUGGCUACGUGGAGGGGAAAAAGUCAUCCUGCAGCGGUGACUCUGGAGGACCUCUGCAAUGUACUUUCGACGAGCGCACUUGGUUCUUGGCCGGAGUGGUGUCCCAUUCGGUAUACUGCGCGCUACCCAACAUGCCUACAGUGUUUACAAAAGUGGCGCCUUUCUUGGACUUCAUUCGCGACCAGAUGGCGCAGCACUCAAGAUGAUUAAAGAAACUUAUAGGAGUGA